CGUAUUUUUUGCUUUACUGAUGCCUUUGAAAGUGUAAAUCGUGCGCUGCUGUUUCAAACAAUGUGGGAACUGCUGGUGGUAGGGAACGAGUUCUCCAGACCGGCUUUUUGAAAAUGGACUCUUCCUAUGUGGCGGCACGUUGACAAAGCACGCGUCCAGCAAGCUAAUGGUCUGCAUCCGAAGGCCUCAGUUAAUGUAAUUUAAAAAAAAGUCUCGCUCCGUCGAUCGGUUGAGUUCUUGUGGACAAGUGACGGUAUAACAAUGGCCUCGCUGAAAAUCGCACGUAUUAGCAUGCUAGCUGUAGUUAGCCUAUUUUGACAGAUCGUGGAAUUGACAUGCUCAUUGUCGUAGUGCUAUCGACAACUAGCGGACAAAGCAAGCUUUCCUGGCACGACUUAAACACUGUUUUGUAUAGCUUGGCUCCCAAUCGUUAUAUUUUGCACAGUUCCAAAGUUCCAAGGGCUGUGCAUUCAUGAAAAACGCACACGGAUAGGUUAUUGUUUUGUUUUAAAUAAAUGUCUCGGGUUAGCCCGGCUGCUGUAAUAUUAGCCCGCUAGGCUAACUAGCCUCAACGUGUGCGACUCAGUCCCUCCCCGCUAUAUCUAACGCUGUCAUAAUUAUGAAAUAAUAUAAGUUACUCAAUAAUACAAUAAUGAACUAUUCCUAUUGGCUAUGCUAUGCGAUUAACGAGAUAUUUUUUAGUAUUUUCUAUUGGUUUUAUUUUAUUUUUUAGUCACAGAGACAACACGUGCUUACUGAUAAUAAUGUAAUGGAUCAGCCGAUAGUACGGAAAAUCCUUUGCAUAAUAUAUCCAAUGAAAUGUUAUCUUAAACGUAACGCAGGUCGUGUUUAAAAUUUGGUCAAAACAGUAGUUUGCUGUACACGUUUUGCUGAGUUCAGCAUUGACGGAUCCAAUUAUAUGACCAGAGCCCGAAGCCACUGACUAUCCCAUAAUACAUUAGAAAAAAUGUGGUACAAUCGUGAUUGUAUUUGAAUAUUUGCGAUCAGUCCUACCCCAAGGUGUCAAUAAACAAAAUGGGUGCAUACUUAGUGACUGGUCAGCUACCGGAAACUGGGGCUCACUCUCUGAUGGAGCACGUGUAUCGGCUAUCUAGCCAGUGCUGAAGUCAGCAUCGAGAAGAUUUCUGGAGACAUGGCCACAGAACAUAUUAAUGGAAAUGGUCCAGAAGAACCAAUGGACACCUCUGCUGCAGUUACCCAUUCUGAGCACUUCCAGACUUUAUUAGAAGCUGGUUUACCACAGAAAGUUGCUGAAAAACUAGAUGAAAUUUACAUAGCAGGUUUGGUGUCACACUGUGACUUAGACGAUCGAGCGAUUGAGGCUUUGAAAGAAUUCAACGAGGAAGGUGCUCUGCAGGUCCUUUUGCAAUUCAAGGACAGCGACCUCUCACAUGUUCAGAACAAAAGUGCCUUUCUUUGUGGCGUGAUGAAGACGUACAGGCAGAGAGAGAAACAAGGGACCAAAGUGUCAGAAACCAAUAAAGGACCAGAUGAAGCCAAAAUCAAAGCUUUGCUGGAAAGAACUGGCUACACACUUGAUGUUACAACAGGCCAGAGGAAGUAUGGUGGUCCCCCACCAGAGUCAGCCCAGUCAGUGCCACAACCCACCAUUGGUACAGAGAUAUUUGUAGGAAAAAUCCCUAGAGACCUUUUUGAGGAUGAGCUUGUUCCACUCUUUGAGAAAGCUGGCCCAAUCUGGGACCUGCGUCUGAUGAUGGAUCCUUUCAGUGGCCUGAACAGAGGCUAUGCCUUUGUCACUUUCUGCACUAAAGAAGCUGCACAGCAGGCUGUCAAGUUGUGCAACAACAGUGAAAUUCGACCGGGCAAACAUAUCGGAGUGUGCAUCUCUGUGGCCAAUAAUAGACUGUUUGUUGGCUCCAUACCCAAGAGUAAAACAAAAGAUCAAAUUGUGGAGGAAUUUGCAAAAGUCACAGAAGGUCUAAAUGACGUCAUACUGUACCACCAACCAGAUGACAAGAAGAAGAACAGAGGGUUCUGUUUCCUGGAGUAUGAAGACCACAAGACGGCAGCCCAGGCCCGUCGCCGGCUGAUGAGUGGCAAAGUGAAGGUGUGGGGAAAUGUUGUGACUGUAGAAUGGGCCGAUCCCAUUGAGGACCCAGAUCCAGAAGUUAUGGCCAAGGUCAAGGUGCUUUUUGUUAGGAACCUAGCAAGCACUGUCACGGAGGAAAUACUUGAAAAGGCCUUCAGUCAAUUUGGCAAACUGGAGCGGGUGAAGAAGUUGAAAGACUACGCCUUUAUUCACUUUGAGGAAAGAGACGGUGCCGUGAAGGCCUUGGCUGAUCUAAAUGGCAAAGACCUGGAAGGAGAGCUUAUUGAAAUUGUCUUUGCUAAACCCCCUGACCAGAAGAGGAAAGAGCGCAAAGCCCAAAGACAAGCCGCUAAAACACAAAUGUAUGAUGAAUACUAUUACUAUGGGCCUCCUCAUAUGCCACCACCCACAAGGGGCAGAGGCAGAGUGGGUCGAGGGGGUUACUCUUACCCCCAUGAUUAUUACUGCUACGAAGACUAUUACGAUUACUAUGGAUACAAUUAUCACAACUACCGGGGUGGCUAUGACGACCCAUACUAUUGCUAUGAGGACUUCCAGGGGACCGGGAGAGGGCGAGGCGUGAGAGGAGGAUUGCGCGGUGGUGCCAGUCAGACCAGAGGUCGUGGCACUGUCACACCGAGGGGCAGGCUGACCUUCACCCAGCGGGGAGGCCCUGCCAACAGCAGAGCAGGAAAACGAGGCCGAGUCCGCUCCUGACCUGUCACAAUGGAUACUGACUUGAUGUGUGGGGUUAACACCGUAAGCUGCAAUGGAUGUUGAAACAAUAGAGCACGACAAAAGGUCCAAUGAAAUUCCAGCCUUACAGAAGAAGAAGCAUUGCCCCCCCUUAUGUUUUUUUUUUUUUUUUUUUUUAAUUUCUGAAACUGCCACCUUAAAAAGUUUAUCGGAAGAUUCUGAAUACUUGCCACAGCCUUUUAGCCCUUAGCCCCCUAUAUCCAGCCCUAAUAUACAGGACUCUAUGAAUUGCCCUUACAAUCUCCCCCAUCCCUGUCCCUAAACCUGCCAUUUUUUUUAAAUAAUUAUUGAAGAAUUUGCACUUUUUUAAGUUCUUAGGUUUGAAGUGGCUCAAAGGAGCUUGAUGCUAUUGUAUAUUUUUGUGCUAAUCGCAAUUUUUAUUGUCAGAAUAUCCAUGUUUAAUCUUAAUCGUUUGAUCUGGAUGUUUGAAAGAGAACAUUUGCAGGUUUUUAGGGUGUACCCACCUGGCAUGGAUAAGUCAGGCAUUCCAGGAAAGUGGUUCUUUUCAGAACUUGUCUUUAAAGGGUUGGUUGACUACCUCAGUACAGAGGACUAAACUACCCGACCUGUACUGUAAAUAGGGAAACUAUAUUGAUGAAAGCAGGGCUUGUUUCCGUACAAAAUAUGCACAAGAGCUGCAGCGUAAAAACGAUGUACUUAAUGUAAUAUAGUUCUUUUUGCUGCAGCUCUGACACUGCAAACAGUCAAACUGGGCAUGCAAAACAAUCUCAUAUGAUGAGUCUGAACAAGCCCUGCUUUUAUCCUAUUUUGAACUGAAUUAGCCGCCUUGCUUCUUCAGAGUAUGUAGUUACUGGUUGUAUAGUUUUUCGGAUAAAAAUGUUACUUUUGUAAAGGCUUCUUCAUCACAGGCAUCCAACUGCCUUUGAUAAAAAAAAAAAAAAAAUAAGAACAAAAUGAUGCCCUGCAGUGUCCCUUUUGUGCCACUGUAUUCAAGUGGGUUUGUUUUUAUAUUGACAGUUCAUUUACAUCAACUACAAGAUAAUGUCAAAAACCUAAUCAAAUCCUUAACCAUGUAAGAUCAUGUUAUGAAAUGAUCCCUCCCCAGCUCCGAAGAUGGUAACCAUGUCGAAAAUCAUGAGUAUUCAUGGAUGGUUAAAGAAAUGUAUGAUUGCGCAGCCUGUGAGCGCGUUUGCUAACAUAAGCUGCUGUGAUUUGGUGAGGGAUCGUAGCCACAUAGUGGUGACAAGGGAUACUGCAGUGAAUGAAUUCUCUUUCCAGGUAUAGCAUAAAGGAAACUGCGUUCUUCAAUCCCAGUUUUCUAUACAGUUAACUCCCUCAAUGAACUCGUAACAACCACCUUUUGAAAAAAAGAUGUUAGCAGUUUUAAACUAUUGUUGGUGGCCAACAACGUUUUUUGCAUUCCUGCAAAUAAAUUGUUUUAUACUGUAAAAUGGAGGUGAGUGUAACUUAUUUUUGUAAUAAAGUUUUUGAUUUCUAA